CACCACCAUUAUAAUACACCACCAUCAUAAUACAACAACAUUAUAAUACACCACCAUUAUAAUACACCACCAUUAUAAUACACCAACAUUAUAAUACACCAACAUGAUAAUACACCAACAUUAUAAUACACCACCAUUAUAAUACACCACCAUUAUAAUACACCACCAUUAUAAUACACCAACAUGAUAAUACACCAACAUUAUAAUACACCACCAUUAUAAUACACCAACAUUACAAUACACCACCAUUAUAAUACACCACCAUUAUAAUACACCAACAUUACAAGACACCAACAUGAUAAUACAGUCAUUAAACCACUCCACCAUUUCUUUUCUGCUCUCAAUUUCGCUGCCCUUUCCGUCGCCAAUGCCGUCGCCAAUUUCGCGGCCGUCGCCAUGCCCUUCCAUAUCCAUCUCCAUCAAUUCCAAUAUCUCCGCCCAUUCCAGGAAUCCCGUCCUUCCACCAAUCCCAGUAGCCCAGCAAUCUUGUCAACUCGUCAAAUCCAUUUUUUUCCCCGCUGGCAUUUCUCUCCCCCAUCUCUUCCCUGUCCCUUUUCAUCUCUCGUUCGCUCCCACUGGUGGCCCUGGGACGCGGCUUGGCCCCCAGCGCAUUUGCCCGAUCGGGCAGCGUGGCAGCGCGCGUCGCCCAAACCAACUUUUUCGGGCCCCGUCCUCCUUUUCUUCCUGGCACCACCCAGCACAAGCAGCAAAGCCCGCGUGUGUCGACUUUCUCCACGCAGCCGAAUAUUCCAUAGGCUCACCAAAACACACAGCCAGCCGCAGUCUUCCAUAGCCAGCCGCAACUUUCGGCCAGCAUUUCCCUGUGGACCACCUACCACCCUCGGCGCGCCCAACCCAGCACCCAGGUACCCACAAGCGCGGUAAAACCCGGCAAGUUCUGGAUCACACCGGCAAGUCGCGGCAAAUACCCUGCAACCCCGGCC